AUGCGGUCAAGCUCAUUAGAAAAUGAAAUCUCGAAUUUGGAUACCUCAAUAAACGAGGAUGUAGCAAGAGCAGGACUGUUAGAACAUCCCAAUGCAUCAGAUAGUAUCAGGUUACAGGACUUCGCCCACGACUCGGCAUCUCAGCAGCAGCAUCAUGUUGUUCAACACGUCACGCACGACGUCGACGAAGAGGAUAUCCCCAUAGCGCAAGAGGAGGGGAAACCUCAGCGUCCAACCAUACUUCCUCGUCCAUCGAGUAUAGCCCGCCAUGCCUCCUUCCUCGAUGAAGACGAAGCCCCACCUACUUCUCCAUCUCCAUCUCACCCACCCACCAAACAAGACAAACCCGGCCCCGUAGCCUGGCGCGAUCUUCCCAAAAAGUCCCAACUCGCAAUCCUAACCCUCGCCCGCCUCUCCGAACCCCUGACACAGACAUCCCUUCAAGCUUAUAUGUUCUACCAGCUCAAAUCCUUCAAUCCGUCCCUCCCUCCCUCCACCAUCUCAGCCCAAGCGGGUAUGCUGCAGGGCAGCUUUACCGCCGCGCAGUUCGUGACUGCUAUACUGUGGGGAAGGAUGGCAGAUGCGGAGUGGGGUGGUAGAAAACGGGUGCUGUUGAUUGGAUUGGCGGGGACGGCGACACUCGAAGCCAUACGAGACCAACCAGACCUGGGUCUCCGCCUCGGUCACUCCAUCGUCAACGCCUUCCGUUACCUUUUUUGCCAAAACACUCACCAUUAUACCGCCAUCAAUGCUGACGAUGAUCUGGGCUCCCCAAUGGAUGGCUCUCGGCUUGACUCCUACGAACUCGAAUCGCGCCUCCCCAAAUCACCUACCCAGAAACCGAAGCCAAGACUUAAACUGCCAUUGUCCCGCAUCUGGACCCGCAACGUCCUCUGCACCCUUCUCUGCCACUCGAUUCUAGCUCUCCACAUCGGUACCUUCAACAAUCUCUGGUUCAUACAUCUCUCGGCGCCCCGCUUCGAUCCGGAGAGCCCAUCUCCACCUUCUCACACACGGCAAUCCCUGCCUUUUGGCUUCACGGGCGGACUAGGGAUGCCUCCUCGCAGCGUCGGAUUCGCCAUGGCUGUCCUUGGCAUCAUUGGAAUAAGCCUACAACUUCUUGUCUACCCGGCUGUAAACGCAAGACUCGGAACCCUGAGAAGCUUUCGCUAUAGUCUUUGCCUUUUCCCUCUCACCUACACUUUGACGCCAUACCUCUCCAUCAUCCACUCCUCCCUUGCUCCACCGAAUCAGGCCUCCGGUAUCCUGGUCUGGCUCGCGUUAAGUUGCGUCUUGUUGGUCCAAGUCGUCGGCCGCACAUUCGCCCUACCCGCUACCAUCAUCCUUAUCAACAACUGCUCCCCACACCCGAGUGUGCUGGGUACCAUUCACGGUAUUGCGCAGAGCGUCAGUAGUGCGAGUAGGACAGUAGGGCCAAUCUUGGGGGGGUGGGGUUAUGGGAAGGGAUUGCAGGUGGGAGUUGUUGGGGCCGUUUGGUGGGCGUUGGCUGUCGUCGCGGGGGUGGGUUGGCUUUUGAGUGGCCUGGUCCGGGAAGGGGAUGGGCAUGAGAUCUGGUUGGAUGGGGAAAAGGAGGAGGAAGGGGGCAAUGAAGUGGUUCGAUGA